AUGGAUGUGAUCAUCGAAGUACAGUGUUUCCGCGAUAGCAACGAUACCUAUGUAAUCAAGGAGGUGGCUAUUGUCGGUAUUAAUGAGGCAUUUGUCGGACAUUGGAUCUUAGCUCCAGAGUAUUCAUUUGUGGAAUUGAACGAAAAAUCAAGACGGAUAAAUAACUGGCUUUCGCUGAAUUAUCAUGGAAUCGAGUGGUACGAUGGGGAGACUAAUCCAAAAUAUUUUUAUCCGCGCUUGCGUGAAAUUACGAGUCAUGUUCGUAACUUCAUGACAAAUGGCAAGGAAAAAGCGAGCUACUUGCAAAAUUUAUUAGCACGAAACGUAUAUAAUCUGGAGAAUAUCUCGCCGACGUCCAAUGAUCUUUCACCCAGCGAACGAAUAAAAGGCUGCUCAUUCCACACAUUUAGAAAACACAGACGUUAUCAUUGUGCAUUACGCGAUGUAUACAAAUUGAAACAUUGGUUCAUCGAACAAAGUCAAAUCAACAUCAGGAAACGCGACAACAUCUAUGUGACCCGGUGCUUGUCCUCCAAAAUUGACGAGGAAGACAGAGAAAAUAGUUAUUCCGACAAAUCAGGGAGCGAACAGUCGCCGGUUAAAGAAGAGGAAAACGAGACAAAUACUGAGUUGGAACAUUCCGUCGAGCCGUCGGUGACUAUAACAAUCGCGUUACCAGAGCGAAUUAUCACUGGUGAUGAAAAAUGGAUCGUCUACAACAACAUUAAUCGAAAAAGAUCAUGGUCCAAGCAUGAACCGGCACAAACCGUAUCGAAAGUUGAAUUGCAUCAAAAAAAGAUCAUGCUGUCAAUUUGGUGGGAUUACAAAAGUGUUAUGUAUUUUGAGAUGCUUCCAAGCAACCAAACGAUCAACUCAGAUGUUGACUGCCAACAACUUAUGAAAUUGGAGGAAGCAAUCAAAGAGAAAAGGCCAGAAUUGGCAAAUCGUAAAGGAAUCGUGUUCCACCACGACAAUGCGAGGCCCCAUACAUCUUUAGCAACACGUACGAAAUUAUUGGAGCUUGGUUGGGAAGUGAGAUUUACGGCGAAAGAAGAAAAGACAGGGGGGAUAGGUAAAUGUUCGCCACGUAAUGUCUCUUUAGAUAUAAAACCUGGUAGUUUGCCGUUUGUUCGCCCCGAUGGAUCAAAAAUAGCUGCGAAACUGAUGAAAAGACGACGACGAUGUUACAGUCUAGAAAUGCAAAGUAACAAAAACCAAUACAUGAUCAAGAUAGAAGCUCCACCAGCAGGUGAUUGGUACAUAAUCGCUUUUCGAUCCUGGACUGAUCCUGAUAGCGGAAAAAUUAAACAGCAAGGUCUUGGUGUAUCUUGUGAAACUGUGUUAGAUGCUGAAAUGUUCGUAGAAUUGCCGUCUACAACGUUGUUGGUGGAUCCUAGACUCGAGCACAAGUUGCAGUUAAAUGACACAUCGGAUUCGGCGGUAAUACAGUUUUACGUGCCAGAUGUGUAUCUCAUGGAAUCGAGCCUAGUGCUGAGUUCAUCUUGUAGUGAGGAUUGCAACAUUACUGUCCAUGUUACGGCGGGAGAUAAUCUUGUCAAUAUUUUGUUGAAUUCUACACAGACGUCGCUGUUCUUCAAACCCUAUGCCAACAGUUUCCAUUACAUAACUCUUCGUCUGCUUUCGGGGAACAUGUCAAACAUAAUAGUGCGAUUGAUAAAUCAAGUGAUCUUCGAUCAGGUGACGCCAGUGGAACUAACGAGAAAGUCAUUCCCAGAAUUUUUCCUCUUUGAUUAUGAACAUCUAUAUGGUAACGACACCAAACCUCAACCUUUCAACGUAACUGCUGACAUUCUGUCCGUUUUUAACUUUAAGAUUGGUCGGGUGUAUGAUGUUGGUGGUACGAUCACCUUGGGAUUUAAGCUAGUCGAUAUAAACGAGAAAUAUAAGAACAUCGUCCUUAUUGCCUGCAUUUCUCUCGGUCACUACUCGAAUAUAACAUCAGGUGGUGCUUGCGAACGUGUACAUGGUAUCACUACGGCCGAUGUAUACGUAAAUAUAACUGGGCCAGCAUACAUACACGUGCCUUUCCCGGAAGAGGGAACCUGGUACGUGAGUAUGCGCGCCUUCUGUUCGGAAGAGACAACCGACAGUAAUAUUUGUCCAUGCGGCCAGAUGUGCCUUCGUGGUGAUACGGCAUGUAAUACCUGCGACUGUCUGUCACGCUGUCCUGUCCAAGUAGAGAGCAUUGUAGCAUCGUCACCGUGCAUCGAGGGUCGUUGCAAUGAUCAUGGCAAAUGUAUGCAUUACAUGAGCGGUGGUUUUGUAUUCUCGGCAUGUCAUUGUACUGGAGGAUAUCGUGGUUUCGACUGCGCCGACGAUGCAUACGUCCUCACUCAUAGUGCCGGUGCGAUUGUGCUCGCCAUGGGCGCCGAAAUGGACCGUACGGCACUUUGGGUGUUUCUUCUGCCUGCAGUUACCGGCUCUGCUAUGAUUGGAUUGUUCUGGGGAUAUAGAUGCAGGAGAAAACAAACUAUUAGAUAUCCCUCACGCCCAUACAGGACCAUAUACUUUCCGGCAGGACUUCUCCUCGUUUCUCUGGGCCUCGUUUCUUAUGCUUUCCUACAAACACGCAAGAAUUAUUAUCUCGUUCAUAGCCUGUGGCAUAUAUGCGUGGCCAUUGGAGUCAUUUUACUUUUGCCUAAACGACAGUAUAUGAAGUAAUUUCUGAAAAACAAUAUUCAUUUGUAUAUAUUUAUUCAGGUGCUAAUUCGGAGAAAUCGAGAAAAACAUCAAUAGCUGCGAAACGUAUAAUAAACAUUCAGAGAAGCACCUGAAGAAUUAUUUAGAUAUAAAAAGUAGGAUAAAUGUGAAGGAAACGUGCUCCCGCUUUGAUUUGCGUGGAAUUUUGCAAUAUUGUGUAUUUUAAUGUGCAAAACACAAAUCUGAAAGUAAGAAGUGUCGCUCUCAAGUGAAAGAAAAGUUAUGAAGUAUUAAAAAGUGAUAAUUCUGAGGUUAGAAAAUCAGACGUCGUCAUACUGACGAUACGCAGCAACUAUAGACGUACAAUAAUUAGACCGCGCAUUCGGCCGAAAAGUUGUCAAAUAUUAGAAAGAGAGAGCAUGCUUUGGGAUACCAUUCUGUCUUCGUCUGAUAAUGUUUGGAGUGGGGAUUACUUGUAUUGUUCCAUUCCCCUCUACCUUCCUUUUUCGUCCUCCACCAAAGGCUUCUUCCCCUAUCACGCGUUUUUAGAAAAAGACAGAAUGGUACAGUAAUUCUUUCUAAUUUCUGAUGUGUUCUAACAAAGGGAGAUCGCGCAGUCUAGAUAUUAUAUGUCUAUGGCAGCGACACGAAGAUGGUCUGUAGCGAUAUGCGCAUGCUCCGUGGUGAUAUGCGCAUGCGAGAAGCGUAAAUUUGAAAGCAGACAUGUAUUAAAAAUUUUUUCCUCAUAUGCAAAAUCUAAGAUUAUUAACAUGAUUAUGACAAAAACUGAAUUUAGUAUAUAUUAGAUGAUUGCAUAAGUUCGUGUCCGAUUUAAAGAUAAACUUAAAUAAGUUAAAUUUUAAAGAAUACAAUUUUACUAAUCAAUUAUAUAGUCUCCAUUCUUCUCUACAAUUGUUUUCCAAUGAUCUACAAGCUUGUCGAUUCCAUUUUUGAAGAAAGAAUUUCGUUUUCCUUGAAAAAAGUUCGUGAAGUGGUUUUCGACAGCUUCCUCGGAUUUAAGAUUUUCGCCAUUCAAACUAUUCUGCAAAGACCGGAGAUAAAAAUCUGAAGGUUCAAUAUGUGAAGAAUAUGGUGGAUGCUAGAGAAUUUCCCAUUGCAAUUCCUGCAGUUUUCGCAGCGUCUGUUGGGCGACGUGCGGUCUAGCAUUGUCGUGGUGGAAGAUGAUGCCUUUCCGAUUGGUCAAAACCGGACGUUCUUUUCGAAUAGCCGCAUCGAGUUUAGUGAGUUGUUCACAGUACUUGUCCGCUGUGAUUGUUUCGCCGCGUCGAAGUGAAUAAUUCCCCUGCAAUCCCACCAAACACACAGCAACACCUUUUGCCAACUUUUGCGACGGAUUCUGUACUUUCAGCUGCUUUCUUCCAGGUCCUCUUUCGCUGUACGUUGUACAGAAUCCACUUCUCAUCGUCUGUUACCAUUCGAUUCAAAAAAGGCACUUUUUUGUUACGUACGAGGAAAGAAAUGGUCACAUUCAUGCGGUUCAGUUUAUACCUUUCAGUCAAGAGAUGCGGCACCCAUGUAUCGAGCUUGGAAACAUCCAAGCUUUUUUAAAUGGCGAAACGCGAUCGAAUGAUCGAUUUUCAGCUUCUCAGCAAUCUCCUUAGCAAUCUCUUCAGUUGUAAUCCUUGGAUUUUCUUCCACUAAGGUACACAUAAUGUCGUCACCAAUGCCAGAGCGGGGUCGAUCUUCCAAGUUGAAAUCACCAUUUCGAAAUCUGCCAAACCACUUUUUAACCGUUCAGAGAGCAAGAGCACGGUUCAAAUAAAUGCUCUGAAUGUUUUUUAUGCAGUCCCAACAUUCACGCUUUUCCGAAAUUCGUAUAGCAUUACAUGCCGCAAAUGCACCUUUUCGUCACCAUUUUAAAAAUUUCUCUAACGCACAAAUCGACUUAUUUGAACGAUGACUGACGCUAAAAUGACACAAGACACUGUCACCUAUUCAGUGCAUGCAACAUAACCAAACAGAAACACCGGAGUUCCGCCAUGCAGUAAGUUAACGCCAUUUAUAAAAAUCGGGCACGAAUUUAUGCAAUCAUCCAAUACCUAAUAAGCAAAAUGCUAGCAGAAUGCGCACAGAUUCGAUCCAAUUUCGAUCAGAUCCCCACAUCAAAACUAUAGCCAUCUGUGUCCUCAUUAGGCUCGUGUUUUGUCGACACAACCUGCGUGACAGACCGUACGAGCAGAUUGUCGGCAGAAACCGCGCAGGUCCUGCUGCCAAACUACGCGCAGAGUUUGUUCGGUUUCUGCCGCCAAUCUGCCGUCAAAUUACUGCAAGUUUUGUGCGGUUUUUGCUACAAAUCUGCCGACAGCAGGAUGUGACGCAUAUUUGAUCGCAGAUUGGUGGCAUAAUUUGAUAUAACAGAUUUUGCGUUAAAUUUGCCUAUUUGCCAUCAAACUACAAUAGCAGGUUUUGCUCGAAAUCUGCACAGGUUUGGCUAUCUGGGUACAUGUAAUAACGUAAGACGUUUAUCUUGCGCAAAGGUUUUAUUAAUUUAAUUUAUUCAAGAUAUUUUAGUAUAUUUCCUAAGUAACACAAGAGAUUUUAACCAUCGCUCAUUUAUUAAAAAGU